AUGGCGUUGGUGUCCACGCCGGGCAAUCGCAAGAGAACGCUGAUUGCAGUUUGUGUGGGAGCUUUUGCCCAGUGGAAUGGUAUUGGUGUAGUCUCGUACUAUCUCACACUGGUCCUCAAUACCGUCGGCAUCACGGACACCUUCACGCAAACCUUGAUCAACGGUCUCCUGCAGAUCUUCAACUUUGCUGCGGCUUUGAGCGCUGCCUUCCUAGUUGACCGUCUCGGCCGCCGGACUCUAUUCCUUUGGUCAGGGGCAGGCAUGUUGGUGAGCUACAUUGUAUGGACAGCCUGCUCAGCUGUCAACACAGAUACUGGGUCUAAAUCCGCCGGAAUUGUUGUUGUCGUUUGCCUCUUCACCUUUUACUUCCAUUACGAUAUCGCUUAUACCCCACUCCUGAUGGGAUAUCCGACCGAGAUCUUUCCCUACUCUCUACGUUCCAAAGGCAUUGCGGUUGAGCUAUUCGCAAUCUACGGCUCACUGAUCAUCGCGGCAUUCGUCAAUCCCAUCGGCCUAGAAAACAUUGGUUGGCGGUAUUACAUUGUCUUCUGCUGCUUUCUGGCAGUAUUCUUUGUUGUUACGUGGGUCUUGUUCCCAGAGACCAAGGGGCACAGCCUGGAAGAGAUUGCGGUGAUUUUCGACGGGCCCCAGGCAGUGGAAAACUUUGAGGAUGCUUCUGAAUUGAAGGAAGAGAAAAUACUUGCCAAAGGCGGGCUCCACGAUAUUGUACACAAGGAGGAAGCAUAG